GGCCUUGCUCUUCGCUCCCUUCCCUCUUUCGGGUCGGGGAGACUCCGUCUCUCUCGAAGGCUUUGAACUGGCUCUUCGACCAGUUCUGCUGCGAUUUGCUCGUCGAUGAAUAGUUUGUUCAGUUGUCUUGCUGUGGAAGUUCUUGUCUUCGGGGUCGAUGAGUGUUAUGGGUUUGAAAUAGGUGGGGUCUCUCCCUCCUAUUCUAUCGUUUCGGGUCGUGCGAAUGGUGUCGUGCGGGUCUUCGACAAAUUCUGUCAUCGACCGGGCAAUCACGCAUGUAUCCAGGUUUCCCGCAGUUAUCAGGCUAGUCAGCCAAUUAACCCACCCUAUCAAGGGGUGUUUUUUACGCUUCAAAUAGGGCCUAAACGGCCUAUUUCAAUGUGGACGUCCUGGGACGUCCUGGUGAUGCGGCUUGUUGCCAAAAAUGGACUGUGGGAAAAUAUGAGGAUGUCCUGAUAACUAUGUGCCCCGCGAUGUUGUACAUACGGCUAUUUACAUAAAUAGUAGACAGGAAAAUGGAAAAGAUAAAGGGAAUUAGGGCCGAGGUGGGGGAAUGGCCAAUGUUUCUCAAUGAUUUCGAGCAUUAUACUCUGCCAUGGUGCUUUCAAGGGGAUUUUUAAUGCUUAUAAAGAUUUUGGAGAUUUUAC